GCGGGGGGUAUGUACACUAAGAUGACACCCACAGGCUCGUCACUCAUCGUGAACCCGCGCUUGAUCUCCAAGGAGCUGGAGGCCAAGAUCGCGACCGCAAUUGCAGGCGUGAUCGCAUCCCAUGACGUGUCCAAACUGACAACGAAACUGGUGCGUCAAGCCGUGGAGAAGGAGAUUCGCGUGAGUCUCACGAACCACAAGGAAGUGCUCAAGCGGCUCAUGCACCAGGAACUUCGCAAACUUAAGGCAAAAAAACUAGCGAAACGUGCAGCUCCGGAGCCCUGGAAGAUCGCUAUGAGACGCGAGAGUAUCGCCAAGGGACUUAACUGCAUUUAUCAAAUGCUGCGAGAAGCCGCGGGCUUCCCAGACUGGGGACUACACGCCAUCCAGUCGCUCUACGAUCUACAGGCAGUAGAGGAAGGAGAUAUAUUGCGCCUUGCCACACUGUACGCUAGGCUCAUCGGCGCUUUGUGGCUCAAGGAGGACCGUCACGUCAAUUGGGCCGUCGGAUCCAUUCCCACGCCCACCCAGCUCGUCAAUGCUAUGUCUGCUGUCUACCUAGUAGAGCGUGUGGGAAUCUCACAUGCGAGACGUGUUGAGCUGUUGGACUUUUGUGAUCGAUCGCCUGUUGUUUAUGGAGCCAAGGAACUUCUUGGUUGGAAUCCUGCAGAGAGCCCUCCACCAACAGACGACAAGAACGGACCCUCGAUCUAUGAACGACUGACGAGUGCGCUGGUCGUAUGGCAUCACUCGCAUGCGCUUGGGAUCUCAUUAGGAUUCACCUUGCCGCAGCUGUUACAACAUCUGCUGCUGGUAUACCCAUACAAAGGCCCCAGUGAUCUUUCGCCCCAAGAGUACGAAGACCAGGCUUUGAGAUGCUUUGAGGGAUCGUGUAAUCUCGUACAGAUGCACCGAGGAAUGGCUUACUUGCUGCUGACUCAACGUGAGGAUGGAUCUUGGAUGACGGAAUCAGCACAUAAUGACCCCAACCAGCGCUAUUUCUUAACUAUGCAAGCGGUAUGGGCCCUGUGCGAACCCCAUCGCGUAGGAUUCGCUCCUGCGUUUCCAGAAGCCACCCCAAUGCUGGAGCUCAACUUGAAUGUCGAAAUGGAAACUCCUGAUGGGGUCUUUGUGGAGAGCUUAAAGGUGAGCGAUGUUGAGGAUGCAGCUGUCGAUUCUGAGGUAGCAGCGGCAACGGCGGCAGCUCCUGCUGAUACCGAAGACGUAGCAACGCGUGUAGCCUUCCUCCAAGGUUUACUGGACCAGAACGGCUACGUGAAAAAUGUUUCACCUGCUCUGGCCACGCAUGUGCUGAGCACACUCGCAGAUAUGGUGCUUACUGUUGAAAUUCUCAAGAGCACGGGUGUCGGGCGUACUAUUAACAAGCUACGCAAGCACACCACAGCCUCUGUUGCCAAGGCAGCCACGCAACUCGUGGCAAAAUGGAAAAAUGACUUGCUCUAG